AUGUCUGGGCUAAUCAGGAACGCGUGCUGCACAGACUUGUCGCCUAGGCGUAUCGAGUGCAUUGACAAUCCGUCAACCUUCAGUCGAUAUCCACCGAGAGCUGUCACGGCUAGCGCGCACGGUCUGAGUUCAGCUUGGUUCCCUCUUUGCCUCAGCGAUACGCCUGCUCCGGUAUCAAUCAAACAUAACUCCCUUUUUCCGUUUACCUCGAUAACGGCUUGUAUGCACCGGCUGGUUCGAGCGUGCCUGUGCGAUUCCUUCUUCACGGCUGCGAGUUGGUCCACUCUGGUGUGCAGUUCCUCCCUGUUCUCGUGUGACUGCAACGUGGCCAGUGGUGCCUCGGGCAGUUCCCGGGCCAGGCGCACCAGCCCCUCCACACUCAACUGGCCAAUUGCUAGCGCCAAACGCAAUUGGGCACCAAGCACCGGCUGCACACCUUCACCGAACUGGUCGGACAGGAAGUGGUGGCGUGACACUCCGCCCGGCCCCCGGCAAAGCGCGAUCCAACGACUGCUGCGGGCCGGCGAAGAACACUGUCUGAUCAGAUCCAGGUGCCAUCCUGGCCAUCUUGAACCGCCUCAUAGCCUCCUGGCGGACUUCAUUCGCGGCGGCCCAGUCAAUCUUCCGAGGGCCUCUUCUGGCCGCAUCCAGGGUCACCUUCGCCGGGCCCCUGAGGAGGGUAUUCAGCGCCUCCAAAUUACCCCGACCAUUGGACAGAGAAGCAAAACUCUCAUUCGCAUCUUAUUUACAAAAACUGGACAUCCAUUUUCUCUUGAACACGUCUUCUUGAACUUUCCUGGAUAUUCAUUGACCCCAAUCAUUCAUUGCUCAAAUCCAAGCAAAUAUCACAAAGCGACUCCACAAAUUCCGCAACAUAUCUCCCCUUCACAAGAGACGGAAAGCGAAAUUCCAAGAAAAACACAUACUACUCGCAUGCCACCCCAUCAGUGGUAUCACCGUUCCAUCAGACCUUGGAUAGCCACCGUCGGAUCACGAUCGAUUGACCAGCUCGCAAUAAAUACAGGGGUGGCGAGUAAAUCUGCCGAUCAACAAUCGUUGAUCACAAACGAAGUUGUUGCUCACAUGAGCAUGAUGUCGAUUGACGAGGGUUUGAAUCGAGAGUGCAUUGAAGAACAUAAUAGACUUCGCGCCUUGCACGGAUGUGCACCACUGACGUUGGAUCCGGAACUGGCAAGAAAGGCCCAACUUCAUGCAGAGGAGUUAGCCGCUGGCAAAGAACACAUUCAGUCGAAUGAGUAUGGCGAGAAUGUGGCGAUGCGGAAAACAGAGAAUCAAACCACGCUUACUGGUAAACAGGCAACUCUCAUGUGGUACCGGGAAAUUGCCUCCUAUGAGUUUGGCGUGGAAAAUCAACUCAAUUGUGGUCAUUUCUCACAGGUUGUCUGGAAGUCCACUACGCAUGCUGGCUUUGGGCGUGCUCUAAAACCUGAUGGGCGCCGAAUAUUUGUUGUCGGGAUCUACCUGCCCCCAGCUAAUUUCAACAACGAGUGGACUGAAAACGUUCCGGCACCUCUCAGUGGAGUAAUCUAUACUCCCACACUCGAGGAUAUCGAAGAAAUCCCUGUUUCUCAGACAAUUGGUAGCCGAGGGGAGGAAGGGAUUCUGCCUUAUGGCCUUACCGCUUGGCUUGCUGCAGACGAACAUCCAGGAAUGAAUGGUUUGCCUAACAGUCAGCCAUUGGCUCCUUUAAAACGUGAUCACGGAAUCCACACAGAGUGUGUGCUUCAAGAAAGUACGGUAUACAAACGGAAAUCUUCACACAAGUCUCUGGAUGAGAUGUUCGUUAACGUACGCGAGCGGUUUCGUCGAUACAAUCAGACAGAUACCUCUGCCGAAACGUACGAUGUUGAAACAUGGUACAGUAGUCUGACAAUGGACAAGAUUAUGGCUUGGGCAACCUGGAAGUAUCCCAGCCCUCGUGCUUCCUCCGGGUGGCAUGGCAAGCUCAGCCAUCCACUCAACACUGAAACGGCGCACCUGGAAGCUUUUCGUUGCGAAGUUCUGCAUACGCACAAUCGCUAUCGAGCAAUGCAUGGUGUUCCGGAUCUGAAACGAAGUGCAACACUGGACGCCCUGGCAUUGAAUUGGGCCAAAGAGCUGCAAAAGACUGGCACACCGGCCUACUGGGAGCAUGAAUACGGCAAUUCUCUGGUGGGAGAGAACGUGGCUGAUCGGAUUACCGAGUGCGGGAAGAUUACUGGUCAAACACUGGUUGAAAAGUGGUACAAAGAAAGUGAACUAUAUGACUAUUCAACUGAGCCAAAUUCCGUGGAAUAUGUGGGACAUUUUACUCAGAUGAUCUGGAAGGGGAGUAAAGAGAUCGGUGUCGGGAUUGCACCCUCAAGGGAUCUGCCGAAUCGGGCCUUUAUCGUGUGCUUCUAUAACCCUCCUGGAAAUGCCAAAGGGGAAUACCGUGCAAAUGUGUUCCCCCCGAUUGUUCACUUUUGACACUAAAUUUUGUUGGAAAUCACUAUUAAAUGGCUGUUUUUAC